UGUUGUAAAUCAAAAUUGUCUUGUUCGAACAAAUUGCUACAAUUCAUUGUACUACUAUUAUUAUUAUUAUUAGUUCGCGCGCGGCCCGAACGCCUCACACGUGCUACGCCCUCGGGCGCUCUUACCAUCUGUCACUAUGGACACCGAUGUAAGGGCGCUAAGGACCUUCCUGACGGACCGAUGUUGUUGUUGGGUUUAAUGGGGAAAAGGCGCAUUCUACUGCGCUACGUUGUUCCUUUCCAAACCUUCAUUCUAAUUCAUCUCCGCCGCACACUCUCACCCGAACACUCCCCCGCGUGCCGCCCAUCCUCCGCUCUAUGCCGCCGGCCGCACCUUACCUGCACGCGGCAACAAGGACGGAUGGGCAGCACUUACACUGCCCAUCGACGCCCUCGGGCCGCGGUACUCGUCCUGCGCGCGUCCGUAUGGCCGGGGCUCUCAACGCCGGUGUGUCCGUUCCGCGUGGGCGGUGGAGCCGUGCCCGCUGCGGUGACCGUACGCACUUAUCUAAAUGGGACCUCUCCAAUUCUAUCUAUUUCGUGUUACUCACGCUGCCCCACGACCCCUCCCUGCGAACGCACCUCGGCGUCCCUGCGCGGUUCGUCACGGCGGUGACUGGGCGGGCGCGCUCCCCUUCUUUUCCGUCAAAAAAGGAUCUCCUCAUGCACCCUAUAUAGAGAUGCCUGUAACGCGUGCCUGUCCGCGAUGCAGCCUAUCUCGGCUGCUGCGCUCGCUCGCGACGUGAUAAACUUCUUUUUCAUACGCUGUUGCUCAUGUUCGUUGAGGUCGUCGAAGAAGACGAUCUUCGACCUCAGCGUCUUCUUCGCAUACUCGGGCGCCGCGGCGCCGACCGUCCGCUUCUUCACUGCGUUCUUCGUAUAUUCCUCCAAUGGGUCUCUAAACAUAUCCGUUUCUAUAUCUGCGCGGUGCCAUGUAUCUAUAUCUAGCAGCCGCUUCGAACGUAACAAGAAUGGCCAUCUCCUCCAGAACGGCCCUUUCAUAUAUGUGCACUGCCUCCGCCGCCUCCUCUUGUAUGUGGGUAUGACUACUGUCUCUUCAUCGUCUUCCCUGAUGUCUCAUAUAUGCUGGCUCUUUACCUCGUUUGAGCAGGCCUCAACAUCGGUCUUUCCGUCCUCGUCUGCCUCCUGCUUGGUAGACAUCCAUGUCCCGCGACCGCUUGCUGCCUGCUUGGGUUUUGCUUUCGCGCGUGCCUGAACGACCAUGGCUCCUGCUACGGCUCCUCCGGCUGCGCGACACACCGUUGUCGCGUCUACCGUGAUCGUACUGCUUCCUCGAUCGAGAAUCUCUUCGCGCUUCCGUUUUCCUAGUGCUCUUCCGUGCACUCUCGCCGUCACCGUGCCCACCGUCGCGUGUGUUAGCGACCGUUGACCCGUUCAGGUUCUGCUUGGAGAUAUCGGCGUCGGCAGAACUAGACAUGGCUCUCAUCUUUGUCCACAUCUUCACCAGCAGGUCCGGCGACAUGCCCGGGAACUCUGCAGCGAUCUCUUCCGGCACUGACGCUCCUGGGAUGUUGCCGACACACUCUUUGCUCGCGCCGUUCGCACUCGUCGAACCCGGGACCGCCCGCGACCGCAUCGGCGUUAACUCCGUACUGCUCAUUGACGAGAUCGUCGCUCUAGGUGCCUCCAGGGCGUGCAUGCCUGUGUCCGGGCCUGCAGGGGCGUUCUCGAAGCCGAUCCGGGUAAUGCCGUCGCCCACGUGCGCAACAACUGUUGGGUGCACUGCGUGCCCGGCCGGCGGUCGUUGCUGACCGCACUUGGUGUCGCGUUGAUGCUCGCUGCUCACUAUCGUCGCUUGCCCAUGCCCUCCCGUACGCUCUGUUGCUGUGUGCGCCAGUUCGAACGGCCGCUCCUCGGGUGUACCGAAGAAAGCUGCGCGCCCGGCUCGAGCGUUAUCUACCGCUUUCUGGCGCAACUCUGUCACCAUCGGUAACCGAAACCUGACCAUCGGUUGUCUUUCCGCUGCCUCCAACGCCCUUCUUUGCUGAAACUGCGGCGACGAUCGCGACCAUCUGUUCUCGCUGUUGUCCCAAAAAUUCGCUAAAGCCAACGGUAUCACCGACGGCGCUUGCGCGACCGGAAAUAUUGGUAUAUUCGCGUAUUGCUUGGGCAUCAUAUUCGGCUUUUUCGGCCAAUGCGCUAUCGUUGAUAAAAUUUAAUAUUCCCUCGGCUGUGCGCUAUCCGGCAUCGGUGCUUCCCCUACCAACGGAGCAAUCCCGAUAUCUCGAAAUUGGUCCGCGAAGACCGCCAGGUUAUAUGCUAAUAUACACUGAUGAUCGUUUUCCGUGCUCACCGUGUUGGUGGUUGUCUGGAAGCGAAGGAACAUCGGUGAUCCGUCGUUCGUUGUACUACUACAAAAACAUUGUCAUUACCGUAAAACAUCGGAUAUUUCCAUUCUAGACAACAUAGCUCAAAUAUCAUCUAUAACAGGGACAACCUUGAAGCACUUGUCUAACAUUCAUUCUAGACAACAUAGAGCCCGCCGGUGCGCCCACACUCGGCGGAGCCAAUCUUCAUUAGACUUGUUUAGCAUCCGUACAAUUAGGAACACCUGGCGUUUAUCUGUUUUCCAAUUCAUCAUGUAUUUAUAGCUUUGAAUAAUCUUUGUCAUCUAUUAUAGUAGGAUGCGCAGGAGCAUACUAGAAAGAUGAGAUGAAAAUUAUGAUUGUAGCUGUAGCUUGUUGUGUAGUCUUAUCAUGUCUAUUAUCGCUUGGAUUUGCGGUCUGCCUCAGCUGUGCUUCUACAUCUAGAAGUACUUGAGUAACUUGACUACGUUCUUCAAUUAUUUUUCAUCAUCCCUAAGCGGCCAAUCUUAAACUACAAGAGCACCACGAAAACGAACACAUAUGUAAAUGAUAACAAUCCAGUAAAUCAGAUCUGAAUACGAAUACAUAAAUCGUCAAAAAGUCCCCCAAAACAUCAUCAAAAGUACCUUCUUUCCCAGCGUUGUUAGAAUGAUCUUGCUUCAUUCAACAAAGCAAACGACAAUGAUUAGUGAAAUGCUUGGUGAAAAUGACACCAGAUGAAAAAGGAGAAGGACAUCUUCAUA